CUCUCUCUCUCUCUCUCUCUCUCUCUCUCUCUCUCUCUCUCUCUCUCUCUCUCUCUCUCUCUGAAGCAAGCUUCUUCGAUUUCGCAUAUCUCAGGUUGUUGGAGCUUGAGGCUUGUGGAAAAAACCCGACCUUUAUGUCGGCUCUUGUGGCGUUAUGCAGAGCUCGAGCUGCUGCUUCGUCUUCUUUUUUCAACAGCAUUAUUCGUCCAGCUUUUCGCAAUUUCUCUACAGGUUUUGCUGAUGCACAGAACAAAUCAUUGGUGGCGCAAAUGAAAGAAGAGAUGCUCCACAUGGACAUCAACUCAAUGGUAGGAAGUUCCAUGCCACUAGGUAUGAUGCGUAUCGGAACAAUCAUCCACAACAUCGAGAUGAACCCAGGGCAAGGCGCGAAGAUGGUCCGAGCUGCCGGAACCAACGCCAAGAUCCUGAAGGAACCUGCCUCAGGGAAAUGCUUGAUAAAGCUUCCAUCAGGGGACACCAAGUGGAUCAACGCGAGAUGCCGUGCUACGAUAGGGACAGUGUCGAACCCGUCCCAUGGAACGAAGAAGCUGAGAAAAGCAGGACAGAGUAGGUGGUUAGGGAUAAGACCCAAAGUGAGAGGAGUGGCUAUGAAUCCGUGUGAUCACCCGCACGGUGGAGGUGAAGGAAAAAGCAAAAGUAGUGGAAGCAGAGGAAGGACAUCGGUAAGUCCGUGGGGGAAACCAUGCAAAGGCGGGUACAAAUCCGCUAGUGUGAAGAAGAAGAAGAAGCGUUUGGCAGAUGCAGCAGCAAAAAUGUGAUAAGGAUGAAGAAAGAAGUAACUAUUUCUUUCUGUUAAAACCUCAAUUCUCAGGGUUUUGGUGACGUUAUUGAAUCUGUUUUUUUUUUUGAGAGUUGUUGUUAAAAGCUUUUGUGAGAUUGGAGCAUCUCUUGAUCAAAUUAAGAAUAAAAUUAUGGUUACGUGUUUUCAUUAUUAACAGAAAGUCGAAAUCAAACGAUUUUCAUAA